AGAUCACAAUCUCGCGAUAUUUCAUAGUCUUCUUCGCCACCGUAGGCGGCCGUGUGGGACAGAGUGCUUCAUGGCGGUAGCGGGUUUUGUGAUUCUGAACAGUAAAUAAACUAUUAGAGGUCUCCCAGGAUUUUUCUUAACAAGUGACCUGCAUUAGGACACCUUAGUAGAGAGCAGGGACGUGGAAGAGAGCAAAGCUUAUCUCUUGACUGUACUAUAAUUCCAAAGCCAAUGGCAGAACAAAUUGGGUUCAAACCUCCUUAAGGGGGGCUCUGCAUCACUGGAGUUCAUUUGAGCAAAGGGAGGCAAGGCUCUGAUGAUGGAGAAUGGACAGAGCACAGCCUCGAAGCUUGGCCUGCCGCCUCUCACGCCUGAACAGCAGGAGGCCCUGCAAAAGGCAAAGAAGUAUGCCAUGGAGCAGAGCAUCAAGAGUGUGCUGGUCAAACAGAGCCUCGCUCAGCAACAGCCGAUUAACAACCUCCAGGUACCUGUAGAUAACUUGGAUGGCUUUUGGAAAAACCUCCUUGUUGAAUCUGCAUGCAGUUUUGGAGACCUGGCUAUACCCAAUUCCAUACAGAUGGCCUCACUGACCAUGGCUGGCUUCGGUGACUCGCUUUCACCGUUACAGUCGGUUGCAGCACAGCGGCAGCGAGCACUUGCCAUAAUGUGCCGUGUUUACGUAGGCUCAAUCUACUAUGAGCUUGGAGAGGAUACCAUUAGACAAGCAUUCGCUCCUUUCGGGCCAAUCAAGAGCAUCGACAUGUCCUGGGACUCGGUUACACUAAAGCACAAGGGUUUCGCAUUUGUAGAGUAUGAGGUACCGGAGGCAGCACAGCUGGCAUUAGAGCAGAUGAACUCGGUCAUGUUAGGUGGAAGAAACAUUAAAGUGGGACGACCUAGCAACAUCGGUCAGGCUCAGCCAAUCAUAGACCAGUUAGCCGAAGAAGCCCGCGCCUUUAACAGAAUCUACGUAGCUUCUGUGCACCCUGACCUGUCGGACGACGACAUCAAGAGCGUCUUUGAGGCCUUUGGGAGAAUCAAGUCCUGUAUGCUGGCACGGGAGCCCACGACAGGAAAACACAAGGGCUACGGCUUCAUAGAGUAUGACAAGGCCCAGUCAGCGCAGGACGCAGUGUCCUCUAUGAACCUGUUUGAUUUGGGUGGUCAAUAUCUACGUGUGGGCAAGGCAGUCACCCCGCCCAUCCCAAUGCUGGCGCCCACCGCACCGGGGGGCCUUCCCCCUGCUGCUGCUGUAGCUGCUGCUGCAGCAACUGCCAAAAUCACCGCCCAGAUGGCAUGGAAUCUUUCCACUCCGGAGAAUCGGACAGAAGACUUCCUCAACUGUCUGGAAGCGGUGGCUGGUGCAUCAAUCCUAGGGGCAAUGACGGCCGGCUCUGUGAACCUGCCACAGAUCCCCCAGGCCGUUAUGGCAGCCCAGGCCCCAGGGGUCAUCACAGGUGUGACACCAGCACGCCCUGUAAUACCCCAAGUGGGCCUGGUGAACCCUGUUCUGGCCUCUCCGCCGGUGAUCUCUGCUGCUGUGGCUGCCGCACAGGAGGCCAAAGAGAAGAAGGAUAAGGAAGAUGAGGAAGCGGCCUUUGACGGGACAGGCCAGGAGAUGCUCAGUGAACAGGAGCACAUGAGCAUCUCAGGCAGCAGUGCUAGACACAUGGUCAUGCAGAAACUGCUGAGGAAGCAAGAGUCAACAGUUAUGGUGCUCAGGAACAUGGUAGGCCCCGAAGACAUAGACGAUGACCUGGAAGGUGAGGUAACUGAAGAAUGUGGAAAGUUUGGCGCUGUCAACAGAGUGAUUAUUUACCAGGAGAAGCAGGGAGAGGAGGAGGAUGCAGAGGUCAUCGUUAAGAUAUUUGUGGAGUUUUCAGCAGCAUCUGAGAUGAACAAGGCCAUACAGGCGCUUAACAACCGCUGGUUUGGAGGUCGGAAAGUCGUCGCUGAGGUUUACGACCAGGAGCGGUUUGACAACAGUGAUCUCUCGGCAUAGACUGGAAAAAAUAAUCCAACCCCUUCUUCAGUGACCUGCUCUCUUGUGUCUCUCACACACUUACUGAUACAGCUGCUGACCACUAUUCCCAGUGGUGCAAGCCCCACUUUUUAACCUGUAAUUAUUUUUUAUUGAUGUUGAUAUUAAUAUUAUUACAGAUCCUGUUUGGGGACAAACGCAAACACUCAUGGAUACAUUUAUUUUUUUUUUUUUUUAAAUCACUGUUGUGUACUGUGAAGGACUGGAAAGUUUUUGUAUUGGUUAUGUUUCCCCAUCAGUUAUAGUUUGGAUUAGGUUGCAGGUUUUUGUUUUUGUUUUUUGUUUUUUUUAUUCCAAAAAAUACUUUUUUCAGAAGAUUCAUUAUCUUGUUAUAACUUUUUGGUUCUGAAUGUCCAGAAAAUAAAUUCUUCAAACAUGA